AUGUGCGGCAUUCUGGCAAGCUGCGCAUGCCCUAAUGUCGGUCCAUACACAACUGCCACAGCGUUAGGAUCGAGCCCUAGCGCUGAACAGUUGGAACAAAACCUGCUCUCAGGUCUUGAAUACAUCAAGCAUCGCGGUCCAGAUGGAAACAACACUUGGAUUAGCGAUGAUGGCCAGGUGGGCCUUGGCCACUGCCGACUUUCCAUCAACGAUCUGUCCGCUCGCGGAACCCAGCCUCUACACAGUGACGACGGUAACAUCCAUGCCAUUGUAAAUGGCGAGAUUUACGACUAUGACCGUCUUCGCGAACACUGUGCAUCCGACCACGGUUACAAGUUUGCCAGCGAGAGCGACAGCGAGCUCGUCAUUGCGCUAUACAAAAUCUAUGGCUCGCCCGGUCUGUUUGAGCACCUGCGCGGCGAAUUCGCCUUUGUCAUAUUCGACAAUCGCCCAGAUGUGGCGCGCAUCAUCGCCGGCCGUGACCGCUUCGGCAUCAAGCCACUGGUCUGGGCCAUUGUGGAUGGCCGUGUCUUGCUCGCGUCCGAGGCAAAAGCCCUGCUCGGUAUGGGCUGGAAACCAGAAUGGGAUGUCAAGGGCAUCACAAACUGUCACUGGCUUGUAAACGACGCAACCAUAUUCAAGGGCGUCAAGAAGCUCAUGCCCGGCCACUGGAUGGGGAUUAGCAAAGAUCAAGGCAUUCAAAUUCACAAAUACUGGGACGCGCAAUAUCCGGACAAGCGUAUAAAGGAUCCAAGGUCCAUAGACGAGAUGGUUGAGGGUACAAGAGAACUCUUGGUUGAUUCUAUCCGCAUGCGUCUGCGAGCUGACGUCCCGGUCGGCGUCUACUUGUCUGGUGGCAUCGACUCCUCUGCGGUAGUAGGUAUUGUUACAGACCUUGUUCGUAAGGAGAACCUCAAGCUAGGAAGCGAAAUCACAGAUCGCGUUUCGUGCUUUAGCAUCCAGUUCGAGAAGGAAUCAGGUUAUGACGAGUCUGGCAUCGCUGACCGAACCUCGGAGUGGCUCGGGGUUAACUGCCAUAAGCUACUGAUGCGCGAAGACGACCUGGCUAAAGAAUUUGUCUCCGCCGCAUACCACUUUGAGCACCACCACAUGGAUCUCAACGCUGUGGCCAAACAGGCCCUAUCGGAGUUUACGCGCAGUCACGGCGUCAAAGUGGUGCUCACUGGCGAGGGCUCUGACGAACACUUUUGCGGCUACCCCAGCUUUGCUGCAGAGUUCUUGCGCGAACCAGACAUGUCUCUACCUGAUUCGCCGCUCGCCGCCGACAGCCAGCUUCGUCAGGGUCUCUGCGAUACAGCCCAGGCCGAGAUUGAUGCCGUCUGGCGUCCGCAAGUUGUCAAGUCGGUUCCCGGUGCUCCUGUGCCCGAUUUUAGAAGCAGCACCAUGGCAGACAGACUUCUGGCGUGGCAGCCCAUGAAGAAGGUGUAUGCGCCGUGGGUGCACGAGCACUACGAGAGUGCGGGCUGGGACAGCACCAAAGCGCUGAUGGAUGCACAUCCAGCCGAUGUUCAGCGAAACAUGCGCGAACGAUGGCACCCCAGUAACACGGGCAUGUAUCUGUGGAACAAGUCCAUCCUCAUCAACGUUGUUUUGGCGUGCCAGGGUGACCGCUCCGAAAUGACAAACAGCAUCGAGGGUCGCACUCCGUUCCUCGAUCACCAUCUUGCCGAAUACGUCAACAAUCUCCCACCAUCAGUCAAAAUAUCCUAUACGCCGCUCGAGACCGAUAACCAAAAGACUGCACCUCAAUCAGCGUUCCAGCACCUCACUGAAAAGUGGAUUUUGCGCGAGGCCUCCAAGCCCUUCAUCACGGACGAGCUGUACAACCGCCGCAAGGUCACCUUUUGGGCACCAUCCAAGUGGCCAAAGGAGGGAAGCCUGCAAAAGAUGUUUACCGAGUUGUUGACCAAAGAGGCUGUUGAGAAUUUGGGCUUUGUCAACUAUGACGUGGUGGAGAAGGCGUUGGCCAAGGCGUUUGGGGAAGACGCCGAUCUGCCGUCUUUCCGAAUUGUGUGCUAUACGGGUAACUGGGUGGCUAUUUCGAAACAGUUUGGCGUCCGGAGGGCAUUAAGCGAACAUGUUGAUUGGGCUUGA